AGUAGGGCUUGCAUUAUAUCGGUAAUAUGUCAAAUUUAAUUUCCCAACACAUUGGAAUUUUUAUAAAAUAUGUUUUUCUUGUUAUUAAACACUAAUUUUGUUUAGUAAAUUAAUAAAUUAGCAAAUGAAAUAUUUAAUUAGAAAUAUAUGUUAUCAGUUUUCACUAUUUCCAGUGUAACAACUAUUUAAAAUAUAAUGAAACAUCACACACUAUAUUAAACUGACAGGUAGUAAAUUUACUUUUUUUAAAAUGGAGAUAUCCCUACAAGUACUUUCAGACUUUAUAAGUCUCUUUACAAUAGGUAUGUGUUUUAUUCUCAAAGUUCCUCAAAUUUUAAAUCUCAUGGCUUUAAAAUCAGCUAAAGGAAUGUCGAUAUUAGGCUUAUGCCUAGAAUUAACAAGUUAUACAGUGAUGACAAGUUAUAAUAUUACAAAUGGCUAUUCUUUACUCACGUAUUUAGACUAUCCAAUAAUUUUGGUGCAACAAUAUAUACUCAUAUUCUUAGUUUUAAAAUAUAUGAAUAAAAUUAAUUCCAUGACGAUAUUAAUAGUCGCUCUCUAUAUUAUUAUUUUUAUUUCAUUUGUACUUCAAAUAUUGCCAAAGUCUUUCUUAACUUUAUUUGUGCCUAUGUGUACUCCAAUUACUGCGUCUAGCAAAAUAGUUCAAUUAUUAUCAAUUCUUCGAGCUAAAAACGCAGAAUCAAUUUCCGUUUCCACGUGGUUUAUUUCAGCUCUAACAAAUUUUACAAGAGUUUUUACAAUAUGGAUAGAUUCUGCAGAUGUUUUACUUUUGGGAAAUCUUAUUAUUUCCGGUUCUCUUAGUUCUUCUAUUAUGUUCACUGUGAUUUAUUACAAAUGGCAUCCAAAAUCUGAUUAAAUUCUCCAUUCUUCUGUACAAUUUACAAUUAUUAUCAUUGUAAAUGAUAUUCAUCGGAGAGUUUAAAUAAAUUUAUUUCUUUAAACAUA